AUUAAAGAAGCUGCUUGAACAGGAAAAAAACUACCAAGCUCGCAAGGACAAAGAACACACCAAGCGCCUCAAUAAGCUAAGAGAAGAACUUGUUAAGCUCAAGUCAUUUGCACUUAUGCUGGUGGACGAACGGCAGCUGCACAUCGAGCAACUCGAUCAGCAAACCCAGAAAAUACAAAACCUCACCCAGAAAUUGAGAGAAGAAGACGACAAGUUUAAGGUCUUAAAUUCCAAAGCGAAAGAAGAUGGGCAGAAAUUAAUAAAGCUGGAGGCUGAGCUUGAGUACAAGACAGCCUCCUAUUCUCAAGAGCAUGAGGAGAUGACUGCUAAAUUUGCUAACCAAGAGUCACACAAUAAGCAGCUCAGGCUUAAGCUAGCGGGCUUAUCCAACAAAAUUGAGGAGCUGGAAGAAACCAACAAAGGCCUUCAAAAGACUGAAGAGGAACUUCAGGAGUUGAGAGACAAGAUAGCCCAAGGGGAAUGUGGGAAUUCCAGCUUAAUGGCUGAGGUGGAAAACCUUCGCAAGCGUGUGCUUGAAAUGGAAGGCAAAGAUGAGGAGAUCACCAAAACGGAAUCUCAGUGCAAAGAGUUGAAAAAGAAAUUGCAAGAGGAGGAACACCAGAGUAAGGAACUGAGGCUUGAAGUCGAGAAACUGCAGAAGAGGAUGUCAGAUCUUGAGAAGCUGGAAGAAGCUUUCAGCAGAAGCAAAUCGGAAUGCACCCAGCUGCGUUUGAACUUGGAGAAGGAAAAGAGUUUAACGAAAGAUCUGAUCAAUGAGUUGGAAGUAGUGAAGAUUCGGAUAAAAGACUUGGAGGUUUCAGAAACCAAGCUGGAAAAGGCAGAAUUGAUCCUAAAAGACGACCUGACGAAGCUGAAGUCGUUUACCGUCAUGCUGGUGGAUGAAAGGAAAAACAUGGCGGAUAAAAUAAAGCAGGAAGAGAGGAAAAUGGAAUGCCUGAAUAGGAACUUUAAAGUGGAGCAAAGCAAAGUGAUGGAGGUGACCGAAAAGCUAAUUGAGGAAAGUAAAAAAUUUUUGAAGCUGAAAUCUGAAAUGGAGGAAGAAGUGUCCAAUCUGACUAAAGAAAAGGACGAGUUAAUCAACAAGUUAAAAGGUGAAGAAGGGAAGUCACUGCAGCUGAGCUGUACGGUGGAUCUGUUAAAGAAAAGAAUGGAUGGUAUAGAGGAGGUGGAAAGAGAAAUUGCCAGAGGUCGAGUUAGAAAAGGACCAGAAGAUAACAAGAUCAAAGAACUAACAGUUGAAAUAGAAAAACUGAAAAACCGUCUCAAGCAGUUAGAGGUGGUUGAGGGAGAUCUGAUGAAAACCGAGGAUGAAUACGAUCAGCUGGAGCAAAAAUUUAGGACCGAGCAGGACAAAGCUAAUCUUCUUUCCCAACAGCUGGAAGAAAUGAAGCUCCAGAUUGCUAAAAAUAAAGCAAUAGAGAAGGGAGAGGCGGUGAGUCAAGAAGCUGAGCUGAGGCAAAGGUUCCGGGUGGAAGAAACUAAAUGCAGGGACUUGACAGCAGAAGUCCUGGCUCUUAAAGAAAAAAUCCACGAGCUGAUGAACAAAGAAGACCAGCUUUCCCAGCUCCAAGUAGAUUAUUCAGUCCUCCAGCAAAGGUUUCUGGAAGAAGAAAGGAAAAACCAAGCCAUGGGACAGGAGGUGCUGAAUUUGACAAAAGAGCUCGAGUUGUCUAAGCGCUACAGUCGCGUCCUGAGGCCCAGCACGAAUGGCAGAAGGAUGGUUGAUGUACCCGUGACAUCGACUGGGGUACAAACUGAUAUGAUGAAUGGUGAAACGGCAGAGGAAGAAACACCUGCUGUGUUCAUUAGGAAAUCCUUUCAGGAGGAGAACCACAUCAUGAGCAACCUUCGGCAGGUUGGGCUCAAGAAGCCCAGUGACAGGUCGUCGGUUCUUAACAGGUAUCCCCCAGCUGCAAAUGAGCUGACCAUGAGAAAAUCUUGGAUUCCUUGGAUGAAAAAAAGAGACAACGGUUGUCAGCCAACUCAAGACAGAGGAGCCAGGAUUCAAACCAGCCCUGAGCGUCCUGGGGAAGUGGUUCUUUCUCCAAAACAAGGGCAGCCUCUUCAUAUUCGGGUGACACCAGAUCACGAAAACAGUACAGCCACUUUGGAAAUCACUAGCCCAACAGCCGAAGAUUUCUUCUCAAGUACCACUGUUAUCCCUACCCUAGGAAAUCAGAAACCCAGGAUCACCAUAAUUCCUUCUCCUAAUGUCAUGUCCCAAAAAGGGAAAAGUGGUGAGAGCUCAAUGGGUCCAGAGAGAGCAAUGUCACCAGUGACUCUAACGACUUUCUCCAGAGAGAAAUCUGUAGAGAGUGAGAUGUCACCGUUCAUGGAGAGGCCCAUGUCCCCAAUUCAGAUCAUGACCUUAUCUACCUCUGCAGCACCCACAGAAAUUACUGUGUCCCCUGAGUCACAGGACAUGACCAUGGGGAGAGCUGUGUUUAGAGUGACGCCAGAGAAACAAACUGUCCCGACUCCGGUCCGACAGUACAAUCCAAACGCAAACAUUAUAACAACGGAGGACAAUAAAAUCCACAUCCACUUAGGGACUCAGUUUAAACGCUCAGCUAGCGCUGCUCAAGAAGGAAUGAGCCCUGUAAUUACUGUCAGGCCUAUGAAUGUAAUGUCAGAAAAGGAGAAUUUGACCGGGACUGUCCUUCGGUCCCCCAGGAAUAAUGUAUCCUCAAGAUCUGGAGCAAGCAAAGUGACCAGCACCAUUACUAUUACUCCAGUUACUACUUCAUCCACACGAGGAACACAGUCAGUGACAGGACAGGAUGGGUCAUCCCAGAGACCUACACCGACCCGAAUCCCUGUAUCUAAAGGUAUGAAAGCUGGGAAGCCAAUUGUGCCGACCCCUGGAUCAGGAAAUCAGACCAAAUUCGAGCCUCGUGCCGAGACUCAGUCUAUGAAAAUAGAACUGAAGAAGUCUUCAGCCAAUAGCUCUUCCUCCCUUGCUGGGGGGAAGGGCUGAGGGCAGUGUCUCAGGGGGUAUGUUAUGCAGGUUUUACUGCUACCAUGGAAAUAAGCCCUGCUCGUGUGGUUUUUAGUGUUGGCAUGUACUAAUGACACCUGCUGAAGCUGUCACAUGAACUAAUGCAUGCGUGUCUUACCUACUGAAUGUAGUCAUCCCCUCCCUUUCCUCCUCAGUUGAGUUAAAAACUCACAGAUCAGCCUGGUUCAGCCACUUCCACAAAGGAGCUACUGAUUAACAUGUUCAAACACCUCCCUCUUAAUUAUAAAAUGGUUUUUCUUAUAACCCCCUUUUUUUGGUAUGUGUUAUGUAAUCAUUUGAGACUGUCAGGACAUCUCAAUGAGUGGUUUGCCAGAAACAGAGCGGAGUUGACUGUUUAAUUGCAGCGCAUUAGAAAAAGCGUAUUGUUUGUUCCUUCAGUCCUUAUGUUUCUCAGAUAAAAACUUGCAAUAAGAAAUACCCCUGUUAGUGAUUUAGUAGAACUUAAAAACCUGAUAAAGAGCCAGCCUUUAAUAGUUUUCCUCCUUCUCAAGCGAGACUGAAUUGAGGGAUCAUUAAAAUCAUUUAAAAUUCUCACUCAGGUAAAUGAAUGACAUAUCAGGCAGUAAUCUCGAACUUUUGACAAGAUUCUGAAACAAACUGGGGCUGUGUUAAAUACCAGCCAUUUUGAAUCAGAGUCACAUCCUGUGUCUAGAACAGGGAAAGAGUGGACGGUGUUUUCUUGACUGUGUUUCUUCUGUCUGUAUUGAUUUUUUUAAAAAAAUGCUUUGGUCUUGUUUUUGAAAGCAUGUUUUAAAAAUAAGAGAUCUCUAAAAAUAUGCUGACUUCAGUUAUGAAGGAAGCUUUCUUAAAAGCAAGCUAAUGGAACAAAAACGUCUAGUUUUUUGGUGGCAAAGUCUUUGAUACCAAAUUCCUUCCCUUCUUCCCCUCUCUUCCAAUUGGAUAAUCUGUUAAAAUUCAGCAAGAGAUUUCUUAAGAUUCUGGACUAGAGAGAAAUGUAAUAAAAAUUCAUCUUCCUGCAACCAUAACCAUUUAAAAAUGAAAUGGUUAUAUUGGCUAAAACAUAACAAAUGGAUUUGUUCAUUAGAAGACUGGUGGGAACAUCUGAAGGGAAAGAGAUUAAGUUGUUUGAAAGAACAAUCUAUAAAACAAAAGUAGCCAUCCCUCAGGGGUUCUAAGUAAAAUAUGAAUAAACAAAUGAAUCAUAACUGAAAUGGUGCCAUAAAUGAUAAGUCUUUCACAAAUUGGAAGGAAGUUAUUGGAAGAAGAUAGCUACAUUUUCUUCCCCAUUAGAAAGUUUAUGUACUGAAAUGUUUUCAAACAUUUCAAAUUCCAGAUGAAUAAUACAUUAGUUACAAGCGGCAAAAAAAAUUUUUUUAAAGCAGUUCUUCAGGGACUGAACCCUCAUUUUUCAAACUACACAGAGAUCUAAAAUGUCAUCAAUAAAAGAUCACAACGAGAGUGCAAUUUUUUAAAAGUAAGAUGAGAUGUUGAUAUUUCAGUUGAGUCUGAUAUAUUGGAUGUCCCCUCAGUCUGAUGCCUGAUUCAUUGAACCUCAAAUUCCUUAUAUUGCCUUAACUCCAUCGGUAAAGGGUUUCUACACAGAGCUGGCAUUUGAGUUCUGUGCUGUCCCACUUUGUUCCAGAAAUGCUGUUUUCUUUGGACAAUCAACCCUAAUUGGAACUUCUGCAUUUCAAUGAGCAUUACUGGAUUUCUAAGGGACUUGGAGGCAGGCUGUUCUGCUGGUUGCUGAAACUCUUGUGCCCUUCCAGCCUACAAAUGUUGAAUAGAUUUCACAAGCAACCUUAUCAGCACAGGCAUCUGAAUUCUUUGUGGCAGUUUCUUAAAUUCACAAUCUGUGAUUUACAGCAACAAACCUUGUUUCUGUUGAUUGUUCAUGCUUAGAUAAUGCCAAAUACUUUUUCCUGUCCUAUUUCCCAGCCCCCAGCUUCUUGUAGUUGGGAAUAGUAGCAUAAAAUGAUACAUACUGUACAUGCACAUCACAGUAUUUGGGACAAGGAACAUUGUUCAAAGUGCAGAAAAGGAAUGAGAAAUAGUAAGCAUAAGGAACAAAGACACAAGGAAGGAGAAAAAAAGAAAUAUAAUUACAUUUAAUUAAUAGCAACAGAAUUCUCUGUACUCACUUUGUUUCUACUACAUUCACUGCUUGUUUAAACUUCUCCCCUGUUCCUGAGAAUCUUAUCAAUUCCAACCACAAUGUUCUUAAUUGCUCUCUUUUCCUUAACCCAUUCACUUUCUCUUCACCUAUUUGUUUUGCAACUCAGUCCCUGCCUCUCAUUUUCUGUGGGUGACCAAACCAUCUCUUUCUAAUUCUUCUAUACUGCUCAUGCUCUUUUGUAUUAAAGUCACAGUCAUCCAGCACCCCCAAAUAGCUCCUGCCCAUUCAGCUUACUUUUUAAAUUUAUCCUUACUUGCACAACCCUCACUUCCAUAUAACAACUUAGGUAGAAGAAUUUUGUUUCUUUCAACAAACAUUCUUCCACACCUUAAAUUAUUUUUCAGCCAAUACUUAACACAACUUAAAAUAUCUGUCUUCAUUUCCCCAAUUUUGAAAACAUUCCACCAAAGGAUAUAAAGUCAUUUACUUACUCUUACUUGGUUUAAACAAGGUUCAAAUUGCCCCCAUUAAAAAUCAAAUUGCCCCCCUGUGGGGCUUGGGCCUCAUAUUGGGAACCGCUGUCCUAGACGAAUACCUUUCAUGUGUUACGUGCAAUAAUUCACUCCACUUUUUUCCAUCAAGCACAAGUACUUUAGUAUUUUAUUAAUUAAUCGGGGAAACUAUAGUACCUUUUCCUUGUUACCUAACUAAUAUUUCCUGAAAAUCAGUUGAGCUCUUAGUCAACAGCAUGGCUUCAUUUGCAUACAUAAGUAUAUGGGUAUUAUUGUUUCCAAUCACCCCUCUUUUUUCACUAAAAUGCAGCAGUGCAGGGUACUUCAGCUGACUGCAGUUCUGCAGUUCGGCUGUUCAAAUCUCACC